UCUUCUUCACAAUAAUUAAUUCUCCCCAAAGAAUCCUAAUUAUAGAAUUCUCGUAGGUUUUGUUUGCAGUUAUUCUUCUCUUUAAAUCUCAUCUGUUUUUCCCAAAUCUUGCCUAUCUUAACGCCGCUACCGUGUUCAAAGUUAUGGUCGGGUCCGAUGAAACGCAGGCAUCAUUGGAUAUCAACGAUUACACUGUAAUCAAAGAAGGAGAGGCUGAGAUUCUGAUGCACGUUAAAAAUGAAGUCUUUUAUAACAAGGCCCAGGUCAAUAACAGAGACAUGUCUCUUGCCGUUUUGCGGACAUUUAUAUCGGAACGCCAGCAAGAACACGAAGCUAGGCUGCUUUCCAAGAAAAUGAAAAUUAGAGCCAAGGAGGCUGUUAAACCGGAAGCUAUGGAGCACGAUGAGAAAUCUAAUGGGGAAUGUGAUGUCUCUAAAGAUAUAUCUCAAGAUGAACCCUGCAGCAUCUCGGAGAAUUCAGCAGCCAGCCAAGGGGGAAAGGUCCCAGGAGAAUUGAAGCCACCACGAGUUUUGGAGGCAUUGUCAGCCUCUGGUCUUAGGGCUUUGAGAUAUGCUCGUGAAGUAGAGGGAAUUGGGAAAGUUGUGGCCCUGGAUAAUGAUAAAGCAUCUGUUGAAUCUUGCCGGAGAAAUAUUAAACUUAAUGGUUUAGUUGCAAUUUCAAAGGUGGAGUCCCAUCUUGUUGAUGCUAGAGUCUACAUGCUUACACACCCAAAAGAAUUCGAUGUGGUUGAUCUUGACCCUUAUGGUUCACCAUCUAUUUUCCUUGACUCUGCUGUUCAAUCAGUUGCUGAUGGAGGCAUAUUGAUGUGUACAGCAACAGAUAUGGCAGUGCUUUGUGGGUCCAGUGGAGAGGUUUGCUAUUCCAAAUAUGGAGCCUACCCAGUGAAAGGAAAAUAUAUGCAUGAGAUGGCUUUGCGGAUCCUUCUUGCAUGUAUUGAGAGCCAUGCAAACCGCUACAAGCGUUACAUUGUCCCUGUGCUAUCUGUUAAAAUUGAUUUCUAUGUGCGAGUCUUUGUCCGUGUAUUCACCUCUGCAAGUGCAAUGAAGAACACUCCUUUGAAGUUGUCCUAUGUUUAUCAAUGCUCUGGUUGUGAUUCUUUUCAUCUUCAACCAGUUGGGAGGAAUGUGUCCAAGAAUACCAGUGUGAGAUAUCUUCCUGGAUUCGGCCCUGCUGUUGCCCAAGAAUGCAGUGAUUGUGGGAAGAAAUACAACAUGGGUGGGCCCAUAUGGUCUGCUCCAAUCCAUGAUAUGGAAUGGGUUAAUUCAAUUCUUGCAGAUGUGAAGUCUAUGAAGGAACGGUAUCCUGCUUUUAAUAAGAUCUGUGCUGUAUUAACUACAGUUUCUGAGGAGUUACCAGAUGUUCCCCUAUAUCUGAGUCUGCACAGUCUCUCUGCAACUUUGAAAUGCACCUCGCCCUCUGCAGUUAUGUUUCGUUCUGCUGUAAUUAAUGCAGGAUAUCGCAUAUCAGGAACUCAUGCAUGUGAGCUAGGUUUGAAAACCAAUGCCCCUAUGGAUGUUAUAUGGGAUAUCAUGCGCUGCUGGGUGAAAACUCAUCCUGUGAAAGCUCAGUCACCUGGUAUGGCUGGAAGUGUAAUCCUAGCCAAGGAACCUGUUCUGCAGGUUAAUUUUGCACGAGCUGCCGCUUCCCUUAGCAAAGCACAGGCGAAAAAGGUCGCGAGAUUUCCCCGCAAUCCGGAGAGGCAUUGGGGGCCUAAGCUCAGGGCAGGACGUCAGAUUACAAUCAAACACACCUCACUUCUGGGUGCAGAUGUAGUGAAUGAACUGCAGAAGCUCAAGGAAGGCGAGGACGAGGCAGCAAGUAAACAUAAGAAGACAGAAGAACCCACCCCGAAUGAAGUUGAGGACGAGCCAGCAAGUAAACGUAAGAAGACAGAAGAAUCCACCCCUAAUUUAUGAUAAUACAACUCUGGCUUGGCCCUAGCUGCUGGGAGUCCGUUUGCUGCAUAUCUCCUCUACGGAGAGAAAUAUGCAAUAUCCGCACAAGAUUCUCAGCCCAUGAAAUUCAGCAUUCAAACCAGCAUCAGUUUUCUCCAGUUUUUAUCGUUUUUAUUAUUCUACGCCUCCAACUGUACUUGUGUUUUAGAUUUUCGUUAUUUAUUAACGAGUUGAAGCGCUAAAGAAGUUUUGGUUGUAUUAUUUGACUAGCAAUUUUGCUUUGAUUAAUACUAUAUUUUCAAAAACCCUAA